AAUGUGAAAUAGCUUGAAUGAAAGAAUGAGAGGGAACAACAACAAAUUUAGUGUUUGAAUCACUUUUUCUAUUCCGCUCUUCAUUCGAGGAUUUAAGUGAAAAAUACGUAUCGCGGAGUGGAAUUUCCAUCCCUUUUUCAGACCUGAAGAAAAAAUGGAACCAAUAACGCAACAACCGACUUCAAGUAAUUCCGGUGGACUAGUUCCUUCCAUUGAAAGAGCCAUCCUCAGAUUGGGCACAAACCAAGAAAUUCCCGAAGUAACAAAUUCAUCAAAUACCAUAAGUAACGACAAUCCUCCUUCGUACUCGUCGUUAUUCCCUGAAACACAAUCAACCGCCGAUGCAAACAUUUCCCGGACCUUUCAAACGAACGAUUGGAAAGAAAUUCGCAUAAAUGGCCUCCAACUCUUCAAAGAUUUGUCCGAUGCGGAUCAAAAAUUGCUCGAAGAAGCCGUUAUUGCUCCAGACGCCACAGUUUUUAGCGCUAAAAUUGCCUUGGAAGUCGCCGAGGACCAAAAAUGCACAAAUUUUGAGAGUUUUCUGAAGAUUUUUGACUUUGUGAAGCAGUAUUUGCAACUCAAGAACGAACAAAACGCAAAAAGUACACUGCCAAGUACGGAAAUUCGUGAAACCACGAGAUACGAAAAUGGCGUGAUGAGUCAAGUUGAAACAAUUCCGCCGCAAACGAGACAUCCUGAUCCAAUUUCCGAUCCGUUUUGUUGUUGGCUUUGCUGGCAAACGCCACCGUUGCACAGUAAUGGAUGUUCUUGUUGUUGUUGCUGCGACGGCGAUCCUGGAAGUAAUGUUGAAACGGGCGGCGGUGGUGGUAAUGAUUGUGAUUGUGGCGAAGGCUGUGGAGAUUGCUGCGGAGAAUGUUGUGGGGAAUGUUGUGGGGAAUGCGAUUGUAGUGAUUGUGUGUUUUGAAAAAGUGCAUUUGACCAUAUUGUGCCUAGAUAGGAGUGUCAUAUGGUAGAAAUUUACUUAAAUUUAUGAUGAUGUAGCUUUAUACAUGACAAUUACCUAGUAUUUUUACGUAUUAAAAUUAUAGGAAUUUGUGUAUUUUUGUUAAUUACGCUUAUAAAUAAAUAAAAAAAAUAUUAAAAAAAAAAACAGAAU